AUGCAACAAUGGGAAUCAACGGUUAAUAUGACACUCAAGGCUGCCACAAAAGCUAAUACUUCCUCGGUACAUAAGUACUAUAGUGCCGUACAUGCCAAGUUCACAGAGUUUGCGGAUGUUUACAUGAUGAUGCAAUGCACACCCGACAUAACUUCCCAAGAUUGCAAACAAUGUUUAGGAGAUAGUGUGAAAUACUUUAGAGAACAGUUUCGUGGAAAAACAGGGGGCAUGGCUAGUUUUCCUAGCUGUUUAUUCAGAUGGGAUCUAUAUGCUUUCCAAGGUGCUUUUGUUAAUAUUACUAGAGUUUCUGCAAUUCCUCCAUCUCAGGCUCAGGAAAAGGGGAGCUCUAUACCAGAAAAGAAAGGUUAUAGCAAUGCUAAAAUUUUAACUAUCACAAUAAUUGUGGUUUUUAUUUUCAUUAAUCUUUUGGUAUUUAUUGGUAUUUGCAAAGCCAAAGCUCGGAGGAGGAAAUUAAUAAACGGAUUAAAUGGUUGUAGUGUAGAAUACUCAGGUUCGGAUGGUCAUUUUAUGUUACGGUUUGAUCUUAGUAUGAUCUUAACGGCAACCGCUGACUUUUCGCCUGAAAAUAAGCUUGGACAAGGUGGAUUUGGUACAGUUUAUAAGGGGAUAUUACUAAACGGGAAAGAGAUAGCUGUGAAGAGAUUAACCAGAGGUUCAGAAGGAGGUAUAGAAUUUAGGAAUGAGGUUUCACUCUUGACAAGACUCCAGCAUAAGAAUCUGGUUAAGCUUCUUGGUUUCUGUAAUGAAGCAGAUGAAGAGAUUCUUGUCUAUGAAUAUGUCCCUAACUCAAGUCUUGACCGCUUUAUCUUCGAUGAAGAGAAGCGACCGCUUCUUACAUGGGAAGUGAGGUUUAAAAUUAUAGAAGGUAUUGCUCGAGCUCUUGUUUACCUCCAUGAAGAUUCUCAGCUAAAGAUUAUUCACAGAGACGUAAAGGCAAGCAACAUCCUUUUAGAUGAAGAGAUGAACCCUAAAGUUGCAGAUUUUGGGACAGCAAGACUGUUUGACACUGAUGAGACUCGAGCUGAAACAAAACGAAUAGCUGGAACACGUGGAUAUAUGGCUCCUGAAUAUCUCAAUCAUGGGCAAAUAUCAGCUAAAUCUGAUGUAUAUAGCUUUGGUGUGGUGCUUCUAGAGAUGAUAAGUGGUCGAAGAAAUAAUAGCUUCGUGGGAGAAGGAAUUGCAGCUUUUGCAUGGAAAAGAUGGGUUGAAGGAAGGCCUGAGAUCAUAAUUGAUCAUUUAUUGGUAGGGAAGCCGAGUAACGAGAUCAUUAAGUUGAUCCAGACUGGUCUGUUGUGUGCUCAACAAAAUCCAACAAAGAGACCAACCAUGAGCACUGUAAUAGUUUGGCUUGGCAGUGAGGCCAUCACUAUUCCUUUACCCAAGGCUCCUGGUUUCACAGUGAGUUAUACCCAAUCUGAAGAUGGUACAACGUCAAUGAGCAAUGUCUACACGGAGUUGAGUUGUCGCUGAGUUACAAUUGUUAAUCUAUAUGUUUCUUUUAAGGUAGUACCAAAUGUUCUAAUUGUAUUGAAUGGAGAAAUAUAUGUUGGAACGAAAACUUUAGUAAAGAUGAAGAAAGUGUUUGAAGAGAAA